AUGGCUUUUAACAUGGGUAAAGGGAAACUACAUUGUAGUUUUAUUUUUGUCAUUAUUUGCAGUUUUCUCCAUCGGACCACAACCASACACGGUCAUGGAAGUGAUCGUGAUGCAAAAUACCAGGAACURCGAGAAGCCUACCAAACAGCCAGGUCACACCCCAGAGAUGAAAUAGCCGUGCCGCUGAAUGAYGUCACAAARACAGUCACUGAGACYGUAUACGUAACAACCACCAAACCAUCAUUAGCUGGCGUGACAUGCACGAAGGUUGUCACAGAUAUAGUCACAUAUACAACAAUCGCACCAACUGUCACGGAGACCGCAACAUUGCUUGUCACGGCUGUAGUAACGGUAACACCAUUCCUGUCAAGCAUUCCAGGACAGGCUGGUUCCAGCACGCCAGCUCCGAGUCAGACUGCCACAGAAGCGCCCGUGACUCCAAGUCUAGUGACUCCUACAGCUAGUCCAGCUGCUCCUACAGUUAGUCCAGCUGCUCCCACAGAUAGUCCAGCUGCUCCCACAGAUAGUUCUCAGGCUGUCCAGCCCACUAAUACUGUGGAUACAACACAACCACCAGGCGUUACUGAUACGGUCACGCAACAACCGGCUAGUGGUACAGAUGUCGCAGCUGUAUGUACAGCACAAGCUGUUGGCGUCACAGAAACUACCACAGUUACCGUGACAGCAACAGUUCCACAGACUGUUACGGUGACAGCUACACCAGACACUCCAAAGAUGUAUGUUGGGAGAUAGUUCAAAUACUUUUUUUCCGAAUACUCAAAAGCCGCUGCCAGUCACUAAAAGUCAUAAAUCAAUGAGCAUGCGUAAAARUGCCAACUAUGUCGCAGACAAAAUGAUGCAAUAAAAACAAAUUUCURUUGUGCCAGACCAUGUGGGAUUACCUAAGCACAUCACUGAGCAUGCGCAAGUUUUGGAGCGAAUCAUUUAUUGUGAGGCGAGCGAUUUAUUGUACAUGAAAGAAUCUCGUUCUCUUUCCAAAGACCUAUUUCUCAUAAACAUUUGUAUAAAUAAAAAUCGUUUUGAUAUGCUUCUGCAAAGCAGUGGAAAUGUCCGUCAGUAAAAUGGAGGUUUUCCUCUGAGGACUUGUCGUCUAAAACAUCUUUUCAAUCUAAACGUUCCGUGUCACUAAAUCAAUUGUUCACRGCCCAUGUCACAUGGACAUGGAGCUUUUAGUCGUUCUUCAAGCAUGAGACAUUAAAAAAAUGUUCCGGUAACUCAGUGAGGUUGGGGCGUUUCAAAAACCCGUCAGUCCAGUAAUACUAUAUAUCGAUAUCGUGAUGCUAACUUUAACCCAACCAUAGUAUUGGAUAUGAUUUUCCUUUCGUUGAUUGGAUUAUGUUUAUUGCAUGCUACAUCAUCAACMAUAGAUUUUGGAAACAACAAUAACCUUACAGGUGGUGGCUACGCGCUGGGGCAUUUCAGCUUGGAAAAAGGCGGGAGUAACUAUGGUUACCAAGAUAAUAUUCAGAGAGUCGAUCCAACUCCCACGUCAAUAUUUUCAGACACUGGCUGUCAUUUCGAAAUGGACUUGGUCUUAGUUCUUGAUUGUUCACACAGUAUCACUAUAGAUGGAUGGCAGCAAAUAAAASUAGUGGCUAAAACAGUCAUAAAYACAAUUGACGUCACACCACAGGGAACCCACGUKUCUCUUAUCGCAUACAGUUCUGAUGUAGAGAAUUUCUACAUGUUUGAUAAUGACACAAAUAAGGAAACCUUAUCGAAGGUGAUCGAUGGCUUGUCUUUCUAUGGAGGAUGGUCUCGUCUUGAUAUCGCUCUUAAUGCUGUUCUUCGUUAUGUGUUUAAUCCCAUAAGUGGGUCGAGGAAAAAUGUACCAAAAGUCGUUAUCGUGUUUAGUGAUGGMAAUAYUGAUGAGCAAACAAUUGUACUGCUAAUUUAA